AUGAAGGCCAGUGCUCCUAAGCCCAAGUGGAGCGACGUCUCAGCAAUGAGUUCGACCACGAAAAGCUAUUGGGCCCAAUGGGACAGCUUGCUGAUUCAGAAUGGAGUCCUGUGCCGUAAACAGGAAAAUGGUCGGGGAGACAGAUGUCAUUUGCAAAUGGUUGUCCCUAAGGCUAAAGUACCGGAUGUUCUACAGCUGUACCAUAGUGGUAGUUCAGGAAGCCACCUGGGAGUUAAACGAACUCUACUGAAGAUCCGAGAACGGUUUUACUGGGUCCACUGUCGUGACGAUGUCGAGGACUGGUGCCGCAAAUGUACAAGUUGUGCGGCUGUAAGGGGACCUCAAAUUCGUAGUAGAGGCCCAUUGAAAUUGUACAAUGUUGGUGCACCAUGGGAGAGGAUAGCCAUUGACGUUGCGGGGCCGUUUCCGGAAAGUGAAUGUGGUAACAAAUAUUUCAUGGUUGUGAUGGAUUACUUCAGUAAGUGGCCAGAAGUCUUCACCAUUCCAAAUCAAGAAGCUUCAACAGUUGCAGAUAAACUAGUUCAUGAAGUCUUCUGUCGUUUUGGAGUACCUUUAGAGAUUCACAGCGAUCAAGGAAGGAAUUUUGAGUCUCAAAUAUUCCAGGAAACUUGCCGAGUUAUGGGUAAUCAUAAAACAAGAACAACUUCUUACCACCCACAAUCUGAUGGAAUGGUUGAACGAUUUAAUCAGACAAUGGAGAGGUACCUAGCAAAAGUUGCGGAAAAACGGCAACGUGACUGGGACAGGCACAUACAACCGUUUUUGUUGUCAUAUCGAAGCGCUGUUCACGAAAGUACAUCAGUGACACCAGCUUUCGCAAACUUUGGGAGAGAAUUACGGCUGCCUGCAGACCUGCAGUAUCACCGGAAUACCACCUGA